AUGCUUAUUGUUUUUUGUUUUGUCGAGUUAAAAAAAAAAAAGAAGAAAGAAUUACCUCCCUUUGGUUCUCAUUUUUUUUUUCCCUCGUUCUUUUGUUUCCGAACCACUUCAAUCGACGAACCUCCUGACAACAAUCAACGGCCAGAAGUUGUUUUUCUUUUUCUAUCUUUCUUUCCUGACCUUUUUCUUCUUUACUUUUCUAUACAUUUAUCGUUUUUUUCAUUUUUUUCUUUACGUGUUCUUUCUUUCUUUCUUUCUUUCUUUCUUUUUCUUUUCUUUUCUGUUCAUUUAGCGUUGUGCACGUUUUCUUUACUUUUUCUUUUUCUUUCUUUCUUUCUUUCUUUUUCUUUCUUUACUUUUCUCGUUAUUGACUUAUUUCUUUACUUUUCUUUCUUUUUCUUUCUUUUUUCUUUACUUUUCUGUUCAUUUAGCCUUGUUCACGUUUUCUUUACUUUUUCUUUCUUUUCAAUUUUCUAUAUUUCUUUACUUUUCUGGUCACUUAGCGUUGUUAGCUUAUUUCUUUGCUUUUUCUUUCUUUCUUUUCAAUUUCCUAUCUUUCUUUACUUUUCUGGUCACUUAGCGUUUUAUUUUUUCAUACAAUUUUCUGUCAACUUUCAUUUAAUUUUCCCUUUUUCUUUCUUUUUCUCUUUACCUGGUUUUCCUAUUCGAAUAUUUUCCUUCUUUUUAGCUGUCGCUUAUCCAAUUUUUUUAUUUAUCUUUCUUUCUUUCUUUCUUUCUUUCUUUAAGUUGUCUUGUCAUUUCUCAUACUGUUUUCCUUUCUUGUUUCUGUUCAUUCCUUCUUUUCUUAUUUCUUUCUUUUUUGGGUUUUUAGAAGUUCAUCAUAUCAUAGAUUCAUUUAAUUUUUCUCUUUUUUGCCUUCUUUUUUUCCCCUUCUUCCUUAUUUUCUUUCUUUCUUUUUCCCCUUCUUCCCUAUUUUCUUUCUAUCUUUUUUCUCCUUCUUCCCUAUUUUCUUUCUUUCUUUUUUCUCCUUCUUCCCUAUUUUCUUUCUUUCUUUUUUCCCCUUCUUCCUUAUUUUCUUUCUUUCUUUUUCCCCUUCUUCCCUAUUUUCUUUCUUUCUAUUUCCCCUUCUUCCCUAUUUUCUUUCUUUCUUUUUUCUCCUUCUUCCCUAUUUUCUUUCUUUCUUUUUUCCCCUUCUUCUCUAUUUUCUUUAUUUUCCGAUCGAGGUCCCCGAGGUUAUCAAGCUCUGGCUUGCAGCCUGUUCUGUCUAUAUGGAUAUAUCUGACAUUGUCACUUGUUAUUUUUCUACCCGUUCUUUUCUUAUUCGCCUCUCACACCCACUCCCUACGUCUUUAUCUCCCCAUCUCUCUCUCUCUCUCUCUUCGUCUCUGUUUAUAUUUAUCACUUUCUUUUAUCUUCGAGUCAGUUGAUAUUUCCCCUGAUUAUUUUUCUGAUCCCUCCCUCAUUCUUCCUCACUACCUCAGUUUCUCUCUCACCCUCUCUUUCUCUCUCUUUCUCUAUUUUCUUUCUGUGUAUUUCUCCUUUAUCUUCUCAUUUGUCUUCUUCUUUUCCCGUUUGUUUUCUACCCUCGCUCUAUCUUUUAUUUUAUUUUAUUUUUCUCUCUUUUUCUUAAACCUUUUCUGUGUUUUUUUACCUGCUCACUUUUUCGUAUUCUCUUUCUUUCUCUUUUCUUUCUUUCACUCUCUAUGUCUUUCUUUUUUUUUUUUUUUAUUCUACGUCUUUUCUCUUAUUCGUCUUUCUUUUUCUCUUUUUCCCAGACAUUUCUUUUUCUUCUCAAUUCCUUUCUUUGAACCUACUCUCGCACUCUCUUUCUUUCUUUCUUUCUUUCUUUCUUUCUUUCUUUCUUUCUUUUUUUCUUUCUUUCUUUCUUCCUUUCUUUCUUUCUACGGCUUUUCUUUUAUUCUCUUUUCUUUUUCUCUUUUUUCUUGA